AUGCACGGAGACAGCGGCAACACGGGCGACACCGACUAUGCUGCCCCCCUUGGCCAUAACCUUCGCAUUUCGAGUGCGGCAGAGCAAAUCGCCGUCAUUGUCUGGGCAUCUGAUGGCAGCAUGAUUGCUGGCUAUGGAAAUGCUUCUACGAACCCAAUCACCCGUGCCAUUGGUGCAGUCGACCCAUCUACAUUUGAGGUCCUUGCAUCAUGGACUGCGCCCGUUAACCAGACAUUAAAUCUCGGCUAUAUGGAAUAUAUCUUAGAUACCGACGAGGUUUUGCUUAGCACAACGCAAGGGUACAUCUAUGCUGUGCACCGCGAAAACUGCGAUGGUGUCCCAUCUUUUACCCUCCGCAGAACUAUCGAUCUGACCACAACAAUCAAGCCGUGGGAGUGGAUGCUUAACUCCAUGAUAGACGCGGCCGGAAACAUCUGGUUUACCACGGGCGGCAUUACUGGCAGCGGUGAUCCGGCGCAGAACUCGACAACGGCCGGCUAUGUGACACCCGACGGCACAGUUUACGCGAUUCAUAUCGAGAACCAGAUGGUGGAGAAUGGUAUCGGAGUCAGUGGCACGUCCAUGUAUAUGGCUACGGGCCUUUCUGGUGCUGCCAAUACGUCGUACAACGCCACAGGAUACAUGUGGGCCUUUGCACCGGAGAAGGGCGUUGGCUUGAAGACGGUGUGGAAAGUGCCCUACAAUGCCGGGUCGGGCGGAAAGCCUGGCGAGAUCACGCGUGGAACCGGGUCGACGCCUGUUCUCAUGAACGACCAAUUUGUGGUCAUCACAGACAAUGAGGACCCGCAGAUCAACCUCCUCGUCUAUCACCAGGAGGAACAAGAAUCGGCCGAUGCGCAGCUCUUUUGCAAGGUACCCCUAUUCCAGCCUGGCGCAAGUAGCAAUGAGAACUCAGUUAUCUCACAUUUUGAUGGGGACAAGUACGGGCUUCUGGUGCAAAACAGCUACGCCGCGCCGCCCUUCGAACUUCCGGGUCCUGGAUUCAUCCUUAACGGUACUUGGAAUGAUAUGAGUCAGAUGCCCGGGGGGUUCGUGCGUGUUGAUGUUAAUCCCAAGGGUGGGUGCGAGGUGCGAUGGACUGCCAAUCUGGCCAGCAAGACGGUAACUUUAUUGUCUACUAAGACCGGGCUUCUCUAUAGUUACAUUCAAGACAAGGCUGUUACGCCAACUGGGCAGUACGAUUGGUAUGCGGUCGCUACUGACUGGGCAACUGGCGAGAUUGCAUGGAAGGUGAGACUCGGCUCUGGAGGUAUUUUCAACGACAACUGGCUUCCGGCAAGCAUAGGCCCAGAUGGACAGUUUUACCAAGCGGUCUUUGGUGGGAUAGUAAGCGUUAAGGAUGGGUUGUAA